UAUAAUUAAGUGUAAUUAAUAAAUUAAAAAAAUCAAAUCAAAUAAAAAAAUGACGAUUGCGCACGAUCCAUAAAAGUGUGAAAAAUUAGCAUUUUAUCGAUUGCCGUGAGUAUAAUAGAAUCAGGCAACACGACGAAUAGAGUAGAAUAAUGUAUAGAAGAAACAAAGAUAAAGCGAGAAAGAAUGAUACUCUACAUCUAUAUUUGCAGUAGUUAUUUUCAAGUGAAUACAUGUAUAAUGAAGCUCAUAGUCUCCCGCCUCUUUGGCCUUUAUCACUCACUAUAAAUACAAUUCCAGGGAAGAUAUCAUAUAUAACAGCUAGCUAUCAAACACGUCAGCAAAUUUAAAAAUUGUCUCUUUGACGUAUCUUCGGAAGAUCGACUCCCGAAAAUUGUAUGCUCGAUGUGUAUCAAGCGACUGGAAAACAUCCAUCACUUUGUUACAUUGGCACGCAGAGCGCAAGAUAAACUUAAAUUGCAGUACUAUGGACGAGAUGACGGCGAUAUUAAACAAAUUAAUGACAAUGAUGAUGGGAAAAGAGAUAAGGGAUUCUUACUUCGAUCCAUUCUUAAUAGGGACGAAAUUGACGAGUCUCACUUGUCAGUACGCCCGAUUGAAGAUGAAUCAAUACUUACUGAAGAAAUGGAAGUUAAAGUUGAUCCAAUGAUUUUUCUUCAGUGUGGCCUAGAUCGUUCUAUCACUCCUGAAUCUGAAUAUAACUCUGAUGAUGAUAAAAGUUAUACAAAAGACAGUUUAAGUGCAAAUGAAGAGCCAAAAAAUUAUUCAUCUAAUUUAAAUGAAGACUCAGAAGAAGACGAUGAACCAGAAACAGAAGAUCAAUUGCUAAACAAACAAUUUAAUUGUACAUUGUGUUCACGAAUAUUUGAAAGCCAAAUGAAUCUACAGAAUCAUCUGUGGUCUCACAUACCCCGCGCCGAGUGUCAUUACGACGAUUCAAAAUCAAUUUCUUCAUUAAACAUCAACAACAACACUCCAAACAACGGCGUACUGAUGCCUAAUACUUCUGAUAAUUCAUCAGGCAGCUUUGUCUGUCCAAUUUGUAAUAAAAAAAUCUCAACCAAAGGCAAUCUAAAAGUACACUUAGAAACUCAUCGGCCUAAAGGGAAGUACGGCUGUGAUAUUUGCGGACGGAUAUUCAAGACGCAAUCAAAUCUUUAUCGGCAUAAAGAGUACCACGGCGGUAUCCAAUUUCCGUGCAGUGUUUGUGGAAGAGUUUACCCAACAAAUUCAACGCUGCGUGCUCACAGCAUUACUCACUCAGAUUUACGUCCUCAUGCUUGUCCACUGUGUGAUAAAACUUUUAAGCGCAAUCAGGACUUGAAGUUUCAUAUUAAUCAGCACACUGGAGCGAGACCUUAUCAGUGUCCGUAUUGCCCCAAAGCAUUUGCCAGCUCUGGUAAUUGUUUUUCACAUCGAAAACGCAUGCACCCCAAAGAAGUACAUCGUGAUAGACAACGCGCGGCCGAUCUUAUGAGAUAAGUUUUGUUGUUAUUUAUUUAUUUUGUAUUAAAAUUAAGUUAGCCGACAUUUGAAAAAUUUUUGCAGUUUUUUUUAUUAAA